AUGCACCGCGCCAAGCCCAAAGCCCCACUUAGCAUCAUGGAGAAGCGGAUUCCGCAGAACCCAAAGUACAAGAACACGCAGAGCAAGAUCGACUCAGGCACAACAGUGAAUAAAGUUCGUCUGAUCUCUCACAAAGAAUUUCUAAAGCGCCGAGACGAAACUUUUCGUCGUAUCACGUGCCGUUGUCUUGCUGAGCUCUUUAACGAGUACGAAGACACUGGAGGUGCCAGUCAGCCAGAAAUGGUCGCGAGAAUGGUGAAAGGACCCAACGGAGAUUUCACAAUGGAGCGAGUCCCCGUAGGCGAAGAUAACCAAGAAAGCUGCGGUCCUCGAAUCGUCAGCUAUGAGGCAGACGAGAAGGAAGACUACGACGCGCCAUAUCUGGUCCUAGAUACUCGUUCUAAAGAGGAAUUUGCAGCCAAUCGCAUUCAUCGAGCCAAGAACUACCCCACAACCUUCUUGAACCGAGAUGUGCUGUUACCUGAGAUGCACCAGUUCAAGAACCAGGACUCGAAGCUUAUUAUUAUCUACGAUCUGGACGACAAGACUGUAGCCCAGACGGCGCACACGUUGGUUCAACGAGGCUUCGACAACAUCUACGUGCUUACGGGAGGACUACUUGACUUUGCUGACGAGUAUCCAGAGCAUAUCGAAGGCACCCCGUUACCUCCAAAGCCUGUGGAUCUCGCAAAGAAGAACACAAAGCGCGACGUUCACAGAGGCUCAUCGGCCCUUUCCAGUACUCGCAGUGUCCGUGGCGUGGCUACCCGUCGAAAGGGCACUCCGUCUGAUGUUAGCUCGGUCAUGAGCAACCUUUCGGUUGCAGAGUCCGUCAUCUCCAAGGCUACCGCACGUAAGGAACGUGUAGUAGGCGCUUCGAACUUCAGAUAA